AUGACGCUAACAGAGUUUGAAAGAAUAAGGCAACAGAAUAUUAAACGAAACAAGGAGUUGCUUUCGAAAUUGAAUCUUGAUUCAAUAUCUGGGGAUAUAUCUAAUGAGAUUGCAAGAUCUGCAUCAACGUCAUCGCAGCAACAGUCGCUGCUGUUGCAAAGGAAAAAAACAGUUAGAUCGUCAGGUCGAGUUAGUAAAAAAGAAAAGAAGGUAGUAGAGCCGGCUAGAAGGUCUCGGCGUCUUGCGGGGAUUAAAUCGGAAGCAGAAAAUCCUGAAGAGUAUGCGAGACACAGAGAACAAGAAGAAGCUAAGGAACGUCAGAAACGAGAAUAUGAGAACUUGAAGCGAACCAAGUUAUUUGGUGACUUCAAUUUGAUAGACUUGAUUACCGAUCGCAAGAAGGGUGAUAUGGUUUUUGAAGAUAAGGUGCGCAAUAAAGUCAAAUCUGAAAAUGAUGGCGAUGGUGAUGGUGAUAAAGACUAUGAAGAUCUCGUAAAAGAAGAAUCUGAAGUUUUGAAAUUGAUUCAAUUGGUGGGCGACAAGUUUUCAGCAGGAGACUUUUACGAAAAGAUCAAGAAACACGAAACCAACAGCAACAAAUCAAUUGAUGCCAAGAGGAAGGAAUUUGAAAGUAUGCAUAUUUAUCCAAAAUUCGAUCCAUUGGAAAUUAAGCUUACGCAUAAUCGAAUCACGUCUAUUCUGUUUCAUCCUUCCACCACGGACAGGAUUGUAGCAGCCGGGGACACAAAUGGUAAUUUGGGGAUAUGGGCCCCCGACUCUAAUUCGGAAGAUCCUACCAUUUCAAUUUUACGACCACAUGGUAGGAAUAUAUCCAAAAUAUUGACCCCUAGAAACCAGUUGCAAAAGCUCAUUUCAGCUUCUUAUGACGGUAGUGUGCGAUCUUUGGACUUGAACAAAUUGUCAACUUCGGAAGUUAUCUAUUUGAGCGAUGCACAUAACUCGGAGUUUGGAGUUAGUGAUAUCAAUUUUGUGCGAGAAGACCCGAACUUGUUGUACUUGAGCACAUUGGAGGGAAUUUUUGCCAGAUACGAUUUGAGAUCCAAGCCAAAGAGACAUGAAAAUUAUUUGAGGUUACACGAUAAGAAAAUAGGCGGGUUUGCAAUAAAUCCAAACAAUUCUUACCAGAUAGCCACUGCAUCGUUGGAUAGAACUUUAAGAAUUUGGGAUCUACGCAAAAUAGGACCACUGGUGUACUCAGAAUUUGAAAAGCAAAAGAGUCCCCACAUGUACGGAAAUUACGUGUCUCGUUUAUCCAUAUCUACAGUUGACUGGAACAUUGAAAAUCGCCUUGUGUGCAACGGUUAUGAUGAUCAAAUUUGUAUAUUCAACUACAACAAGGAGCCCAAAAUCACCAAAUGGCAAUCAGACUACUUACCUAAUUACAAACAUCCCGAAGUACAAGCAAUCGAUGAAAUUAUUCUCCCAGAUAAUCUCAAGCCGGUCAACAAAAUAAAACACAAUUGUCAAACUGGUAGAUGGGUAUCCAUCUUAAAGUCAAAGUGGCAAGAGGACCCUCAAGAUGGCAUGCAAAAAUUUAUCAUUGCAAACAUGAAAAGGGGAAUGGAUGUUUAUGACCAAGAAGGCCAUAUUUUGGCGCAUUUAAACGAUCAAAUAGGUGCUGUACCUGCUGUUUGCACGUUGCACCCUACACAAAAUUGGUCAGUUGGCGGAAGCGCAAGUGGAAAAAUAUAUUUAAUAGAAUGA